AUGGUUUAAGUCAAGUUCAUAGUCUUGUUAGUCUGUGCAUUGACACUGACCUAAGGUACCUCUUCAAUAUAUAUGUCAAGCUUUCGAAGCUGAGGGCACACUCUUGUCGAUGUCAUUAAAUGAGAUCAACAACCUCAAUUUAGGGGAUGUUAAUUGUUAAAACACAUCUUAGCAAUAGUUUGUGUAAUUGGAAUAAAAUCUCGAGUCAUGGGCCGACAUCAUCGAUCACAAGGAUGACAUUUAAAAAGAUAUCAAUACUUUAAAACAAUUAGAAGUGAUCUUGCUUUAAGUUAAGAAAUAAACAUAAAAGAAGAGUAAAUUACUUUAUCAUAUUCCUAGAAAUUGCUCCCUAAUAAUUGAAAUAAAUAAAUUAGGUUGUGACAAAGAAAAUCAAGUCUUUAGUUCUUCCAUAAACAGCAAGCAAAAUUGGAUAAGCUCAUUGCGAUGAAAUUGAAAGACAAUUAGAGAGAUUAAGCAGUGAUAAUGAAUCAGAAAGAAGUGAAUGUUGCGAUGCUCUUCUCAAAUUAGCCACCUUCCUCAUUAGAUAAUUAUCUAGCAUUAAUUAAUAAUGCCAUUAAAAUCCAGUCACUGUCAUUAAAAUCAAAGGAUAAAUCAAAGAAUUACAUAUCAUCUAAGGAGGAUGCGGAGGAGGACAAACUAUUGAUAUCCCUAUGGGAGGAUCUGAUGAAAAAUGUGAUAAACCAGAAACACCAACUAAACCUACAGAUCCAACUACUCCAGAUACUCCAACAGACGACCCAGUACCAGAUCCUGAAAAAGAAGAAGAAACAACAGAUGAAGAAACCACAGAUGAAGAGACAACAACUGAAGAAGGAGAAACUACUCCCCCAGGACCAGAUGCUGAAGAAGAAGGUGAACCAGCACCACCUGGACCAGAUGCUGAAGAAGAAGGAGAAACCACACCACCAGGACCUGAUGCAGAAGAAGAAGGAGAGACAACUCCACCAGGACCUGAUGCUGAAGAAGAGGGAGAGACAACACCACCAGGACCAGAUGCUGAAGAAGAAGGAGAGACCACACCACCAGGACCAGAUGCUGAAGAAGAAGGAGAAACAACUCCACCAGGACCAGAUGCUGAAGAAGAAGGAGAGACUACUCCACCAGGACCAGAUGCUGAAGAAGAGGGAGAAACUACUCCACCAGGACCUGAUGCAGAAGAAGAAGGAGAGACAACAACACCAUCGGCUGAAGAAGAACUUCAUGAACCAGCUGAAGAAGAAGAAGAAUCAUUUGAAGGGGGUGAAAAAAAUAAUACAAAAGGACCAGGAGAUAUUCCAGAUGAAGGAGAAGAAGAAGGAUUCUUACCAGAGGAAGAGUUUAGCCCUGAAGAUGGACCAUAACCAGAGGAAGAAGGGGCUGCAACUGAAGAAGGCACCCCUGCAGGUGAAGAGGAAGGAACUCCAGCUGGAGAAGAAGCAAGUGAGGAAGAAUAAGAAUAAACAGUUCCUGGAGAAGAAGGCUUACCUGAAGGAGAAGAAGAAGAAAGUGAAUUCCCAGGAGAUAUCCCAUCAAAUAAGAAUGGAACUUCUACACUUCCUGAUUUACCUGAGGGUGAAGAAGGUGCUGAAGAAGAAGGUGAGGAAGGAGGUGAAGAACCUGAAAAACCUGUAAAACCUAGAAGUCGUGCAUCUAAACCUGCAAAAAGGAAAGGAGAUGAAGGAGAAGAAGGAGAAGAAGGUACUCAAGAAGGAGAAGAAGGUACUCCAGAAGGUGAAGAUGGGGAAGAAGCUGGUGAAGAAGAAGAAGGAUGGGUACCAGGAGAUAUUCCAAAAGGUAAAAAUGGAACAUCUACACUACCUGAUUUACCUGAAGGUGAAGAAGGAGCUGAAGAAGGAAGUGAAGAAGUUGGAGAAGAAAGUGGAGAAGAAGGUGGAGAAGAAGGUGAUGAAAUCCCAGAAGAAGACACCGAAGAAACUGCAGAUUAACCAGAGGAAUAAGAAGAAAAGUAAUUUACAUUAGAAAUAUCAAUAGAUGUUAAGAAACUGUUGAAAUUACUGCAACCAAUGCUGCUGACAUUAUGUGUGCUUUAGGAUAAUAUUUGAGUCAAUUGGCUCAUGGAGGAUCACCUUCUGAUAGUCCUAACGCUAAGAAAGUUUGCUUCUGCUUGAAAUAUGAACCAGGUAAUUAUAAAUUUUAAUUUUAGAUAACGCUGAUCCUUCAUUGCUUCAAUUAACUUAAAAGGUGAGCAAAAAAUAAAGAAAAGAACAAGAUGGCAUUUUGAAAGCAUUAAUUCCAAAUAGGAGAAUCUGAA